AUGGCUACUAUCGAAAAAAGUAACCAAAGAGGAGAACACGAAACAGAGGCCUUUUAUAAAAAUGAAAGAAAGGGUAAGACUAACAAAAUAGAAUCUUCUCAUGUGAAUGAAGAAAAAAAAGAAGUAGAAAUCGGAAGUUUCCACAAUGUAGAAAAUAAAAGUGAAAAUAACGCAGAGAUUUUUGGCAUAAGCGUAAGCAAAAAUGAAAUGGACAUGAACAAUAAUAAUUUACCUAACCCUGUCAUGAAAAGGAAUGUGGACAUGGAAAAGCCGGAAAGGAAAAGCGGUCUGAUAAAAAAUAAAAGCAGCUGGGAAACGGAGGAGGAAAAUCUCCUGCAUGAUGAAGCCAAUUUGUCCGAUGAAGGGGAAGAAGUAGAGGAAGAAAAUGUGAUUGAGAAAGACCUCAUACUUCAGCGAUAUAAACAUGGCACCAACAUAUUUGUCAACCUCGGCGGUGCAAAAAAUAGGUGCAUCCUGGUUGACUUCUACUCGGAAUGUUUAAAUAAAUAUAAAAAUGAAUGCAACUUUGUGUAUUACCAAAGCUACAACAGUAGUAGUAACAUAAUAAUUAGCGAAAAUGUUGACAUGAUGAGACAUGUUCCCAGCACACAUUUUUCAUGUGAAAAUAUGGAGAGCAUGGGAAACAUGCCCAUUUCUAAUGACAAAACGACAAUGGUGAAAGGGAAAAAUGCUCCAAAAAAUUUUAGCAGCAUAGGAAUGGGGGUAGGUACCUCCGUAGUGCCUGGUGAAGAUUUUAAAAAUUUUAACCUCCAAAAAAAGAAGCAAGAGUCGUUAGACCCUUUGUUAAAGUGUAUAAACUCGUUGUCGGAUAGGAUAAACCUUCAGCAUUUAGUUGGAGACCCAACAACGUAUUUCAAAGUUGGAGGGGGGGACAUGUUCUACGACAUUAACGAUCCAUUUUUGGAUGACGAAGAAAUGUAUAAAGAAUUGAACAAGACAAAAAAUGAAAUCAUUCUCACCAGACAGAUAGAAGAUGAAUACAGUGUGUGGAGUGCGGACAUGUCCGACGAUUAUGUGGACAUAAACCCGGACUCCUUCAUCUCGUUUUACAGCUCCAAGUGUAAGUACGUCUAUUCUGGCGAUGAAAAGGGGGAAGAGAAUAAAACUAAAUGGUGCACGAGCGAGGUGAAGAAGGGCAAGGAAAAAAGGGGCGACCAGUAUUUCUGCAAACACGGUGAUAAGUACAAGCGGUACGAUUCAUCUAGCUCUUCCUGCUCUGACUCGUCUGAUGAGAGUGUCAUAGAGUUAAACCAGUCCCACAUGGGCAUAAUGAAUUAUCAGAAAAAUAUAGGAAAUUUUAUUAUAUAUUCAUCAAGUGAGGAAGACGUCGAAGCAUCCUCGUCCGAAGACGAAAAUGGCGAAGACGCAGAAGAGUCCGAAGGGUCUGAAGAGGACAUCAUAUUCAACCCCUUUGCCUGGAAAAAGUUCCAAAGGCACAUUCCCCCAGAAUUUUUCAAUUCCUUCGAAAAAUUAGAAAAGGAAUUGGAUGCUCUCCCCCUGGAGGUUAACAUAGAAGAUAUACAAGCCAUCAUAAAGGGGAACAUUCACAGCAUAUUUGUCCAAGUCAAAAAUAAACAAAAGAACAUGCUUAACCAUUUUGACAAAACGUUAGACGAUUACGUCGACAUCGAUAUCAAACAGCUCAGGUGGCUCACAACCAUUAUGAAUAAAACGUCCAACGUGCUUAACGAUAUAGAUAUUUGCAGAAUCUGGUUCGAACACCUCUUCCACUACAACAUUAUGGUCUUCAUUAAUGGUGAGAAGGAGUUCGUUAGUAAGAUAAAAAAUUCGCAAAUUUUUGAAAAAAAUAAUAAGACGCAUUUGAAUGGUAUCUUGAAGGAUAUUUCUUCGUGGAGGUCCUUCCAGGAGUAUAAGGAGAAGCUGGCUCGCCAGGGCGCAUUGGGGACGGGCGCUACGAUUGGGGGGGCCACGAUUGGGAGUACCUCUGUCGGCAUCGCCAACGCAUCUGAGCGGGGCAGCCCCAAUCGUGGCCCAAAGGGACCGAAAACGGGCUCCUCCCCCGGUCGAGGCGCGAGCAAAGCGGCCAUCGAUCGCAGCAAGAAUGGCAUUGCUCAUGCGAAGCCCAGCUGCAAAGAAGCUCCGGAAAGUGAAAAAUUGAUAGACGCACGAGAUGCAGGCAAGGAAAAGAAGAGCACCAUGCUGGAGAUGCAAGGCAAAGAAGAAGCCGCUAAUCAAGCAAAGGAUAAGGCAUCUAACAAUGUUCCCUUGAAAGCGGCGGAUAGUCCCAAAAGUGUACCCCAGUACGAGGGGAACGUGGAAUGUGUUUCUACUCCGCAGUCUGCUAAGGUCAGCGCGGUGAAGAAGGAACUAGUGGAAGGUGUAGGGGAAAGCGCAGGGGAUGCCGCAGGGGAAGCCACAGGGGAAGGAGGUGUCAAGGUCAAAUUAGUCAACAUAAAGAAUGAGCACGCGGAAGGAAACUGCGACAGUGUGUCUAUGCACUUUUCGAAUAAUAGCACCAUCGAGCAGAUGGACGAGGUGAAGGUGGCGGGCAGUGACUACAGUUGUGCGCAAAACAGUGGCCUGUCGAAAAAGGAGUGCGCCGGGGAGAAUGGCAAGGAGGCGGCACCAAUAGAGGCACAAGUAGAGGCACCAGUAGAGGCACCAGUAGAAGCACUCGCAGAUGCAACAAUAGAUGCACCAGUAGACGCAACAGUAGAGCCCACCAUAGUAGCCGCCGACCCCCCAUUGACAGAGCAGCAUGGAGAGAAAACCAAGGGAUCCGGCCAAAACAGCGAAAGCUAUACGGACCUCGAACCGGAUGGUCCCAAGGCGAGCAAAAGUGCCAACCGCAAUGGCGGACAGAAGGAAGAAGAGUACCAAGUGUUGGAAAUAUUUUUUCAAAAAUUUGUAGACAUUUCGUACGACAUUUUAAAUUACGUAAAAAUGUUUAUUAAGCAAAAGUGCUUCCUAAAAGAUAUGAUAUCAGCAGGAUUUGAAGCUCUGGUGGAGAAGCACAAUAAGCAUUUUGUGAAAUUACCCCACAUGACGGUGUCCGAAAUAUUGACUAACCUGUUUAACUUCCGGUACAAGACCAGCAUCAUUAUUGCUCCUGAUUACGUAGAGGCGCUGGUAGAGUUUUAUCAGAACAAAUACAAAGUGGACAUAUCAUAUGAUAAAUCCAGAUAUAAGAAGGUUUUUCUUUUUGACACCAACGAAAUGCACAAAUUGAAUAAUGCCUAUUAUAGAAGUCGAAACAGUGCCAAGGGGGGAGGCGUGGUUACUGAUCAGCAACAUGGUAAAGAGGGGACGAAAGGCAAAUUGGGAGGGAAAGGCCAGUUGCAGGAUAAAGGCAACAACAAAAAAGGGGGAGGCCUUGGGAGCAAUGGGAGUAUGGCCAGUAAUGACUUGCUGCUGGUCCAUUCAAAGGGGAGUAGCCAAAAUGCAGGCAAUAAGAAGCAGGGGGGGGGUGGAAAAAAUGGCCAAUCAAGUAUGAACAGUGCCAUGGGAAUGAAAAGCAAGGCAAGCAGCACCACCGCCAUUGACAUUACAACAUCAGGUGCAUCAACAGGUGGGGGUAAUGAUAAAGUGCCAACCAAGAAGAGACGAAGUGACUCGAUUAAACACAGCCUCACCAAGGAGACAAACUCUCUGACGAAAAAGAAACAGAACAAAAUGCCAUCCAACGAUUUGUCCAAAAAGAAUUCGGACAAGAAGAAAAGCAACAAAAAUGAGAAGAAGAUGGGCACCGCCACGCACAUAAUUAUUUGUUCCGAUGAGGAGAGUCAGGAGAAAAACUCCCCUAGUAUACAACACCAGGUGAUGACAAAAAUGGCUAACCAGAGAGACAAAAGCAAAGGCGAAUUCCGAAACAUCAGCAUGUUGAUAGAGGACAUAACGAAGAAGAAGUGCAGCACGAGUAAUAGCUCCGUGGGAAGCAUAAAGAUCAACCGCAAGGUUGGCCAGGACCAGCGCAGGGCCAUCGGCAGCAACAGUUAUGUUGGUCAGCCGAAGGGCAGCCUGUCUAGCAUGCCGAGUAUGCAGAGCAAUCCGAGUAUGUCCAACGCGGUCAGCAGGGUCAGCAACGGUCAGAGCCCCCCACAAGGCCUCUCGCACAGCACCCUACCGAGAAACAACAAGUUGCAAACCGUUAGCAGCAUUUUUAGUAACUACGCCUCGAAUCACCACAACAGCAUGAACAGCAUGAACAACGUGAAAAACGUGAACAGCGUGAAAAACAUCAACAGCAUUCACAGCAGCAGCAGCAUUUGCAGCGCGCAGAGGAAGAGAGCCACGGAAGAAAACCUCCUCAUUAUUCCGGACGAGCAGAAAAACCUAAAUUCAAACGUCCUCAACGAAAAAAUGAAACUGUAUAAGAAAAGGAAAAUGAAAAAUGAUCCUCCAUGUGGAAAACAAAACGCAAAAACGAACAUACUAAAGCUUAACAAGGUGAACGAAAAAAUGAAGGGGAAAGUUUUGCACUCAAAUGAUAAGUGUGCAGUGUAUAAAUGUAUUAACAUCGAUACGUCUGAUGAAAACAAGUGA